CAGAAUUCUAAACGCGGUUUGAUAUUUCAACCGACGAUGGUCCAAAACUAAACCGCUUAAUUUCCAUGUCACGAUUCUCGCUAGAUUAUCAGACACCGUCGUGUUUUGCGAUAAUUGCGGUAAAAGAAUUAGACAAAAGCGCUGGAGGUGGUUGAAAUUAAAUCCAAAAAUUCCAACGAAUGCCACCUAACACCUCACACCGCAAAACCGGUGAGUGUCUGCCUCUGCCUGAGAAGAAGAGCUUAAACCGGUGCCCCCCCCCCCCUCUCUCUCUCCAUUUCUCUCGCCAUUUCCGUCUCCCUCUCCACUGGUCCGGUCUCUCCGAAACCAAAACCAUGUCGAAACCAAACCCUAAAUCCCCUUACAAUUCCCGCAUAGCUCAGAACCAACUCAUCGACUCCCUCACCUCCCACAUCUCCCUCUACAAUUCCCGCUCCCAUUCCUCAGACCCCAAGCCCAACCCUAACCCUAGGUCCUCCAUCCUCAAAUGGUUCUCUUCUCUCUCCCUCCACCACCGCCAAGCUCACCUCACCGCCGUCGAUCCCAAAUUCGUCCGCCUCCUCCUCCAAAUGCUCCGCAAGCUCCGCACGCACGGCCACGGCUCCUUCAUCAUCCUCCCCGACCUCCCCUCCGGCGACCUCCCCACGCUCUGCUUCAAGAGGUCCGGCGGGCUUUUGUCUAGGGUUGCCGAGUCGAACGAGUCGGAGAAGAUGGUGUUCGAGUCGACUCGGUUGUUUUCGUCGAGGGAGGGAGAGAAGGUCGAGGAGUGUUCGUGUUCGGUGAGGGAGAUUGAUACGGUGACAGUGAGUGAGGAGUUGGUUGAGAAUUUUGAUAGGUUUGUGGAGGCUAUGGAUGAUAUAUCAAAUGGGGGCUUCCUGAGAGGUGAAGACAGUGAUUUGGGGUCGGAUUGGGUGGAAUUGAAGUGGUUGAAGGACAAAGGGUAUUACAGUAUGGAAGCUUUCGUGGCGAACCGGUUAGAGGUUGCUCUGAGGCUUGCUUGGCUGAAUUCGAAUAAUGCAAGGAAAAGAGGGGUGAAGUUGAAAGAGAAGAUCAGCGCGGCCGGCGUGGCAGCCAAUGUGUUUUGGAGGAAGAAGGGGUGUGUGGACUGGUGGGGGAAUUUGGAUGAUGCGACGCGGAGCAAUGUAGUGACUUCAGUGUUGGGGAAAGCAGCAAAACCGUUGAUUCAUGAGAUUCUGAAGGGAACAAGUAGUGGGGUAGAGGAUGAAAUGUGGCUCGCCAACACAGGAAUGGAGCAACCAUUGAGGUACAACCAUAAUGUAUCUAUGCGCAAGACUGUUCCAAAACUUGUGGCUGACACAGAAUUUGGGUCAAGCAUUAUCCCAGCUUCUCUUUCUGGGAAACCUGCUUCCUUAGCCGAUGCUUUUAAUAAUCUCUUUGUGCUUCAGGAUAUCAUAACGAUGAUAUCAUUAUGUCGCCAUAAUGAAUAUGAUAAAGGGAAAUUCUUCUAUACCACAUUGAGUUCAAUUUCUACCAUUUCUGAUUUUAUACUAAGAAAAAUACGAGGAUUUCUCAUGGUUCUUUUGCUUGACUGCACAAAACUUGAACUUUUAGCAGAGGGAAAUGAAAAAUGCUUACCUAAGAAACCCAAAGCAAAGCCUAGUGCUUCUAGCCGUAAAAGUAAGGGGAGGUCCCACAAUAUGAAAAGGCCAAAUCCUGUUCCAGGGUCAUGUACAGAUGAAUUUUUGUGUGAAACAUCUGCUAAGGAUCUUAGUACAUUGGCUUAUAAAGAGAAGGCAGAUUCAGUGGAGUCCAAGACGACGCAUACUAUACAUCAAGAGAAGGAGAUUUCCAGAGAAUCGUCAUCAUCAAAAGAUGAAAUGGAACAUGCACAAGCAUUGGCUGUUGGAAAAGUGCAGACAGCUGCGAGGAAGGGUAGGAAAGGAAAAGGCAAAAAGAAAAUAACUGGCUUGAGGAGUGUUAAUGAUAUGGAGAAAUUUGAUAGAUCAUUCAUGGAAGCUUCUUCUUCUUCUUCAGUCAUUCUUGACGCAACAAAGUCUGAUCAGGUUUCUGGUGAUACAGCCUACCAGAACAUCGGAUGUGAUAAUUCAGCUAGUUGUAACAUCCCUUUGUCAAAUUCAAUUCCUUCUGGUUCUGCGAAUGGACCUCUUAAAGAUGAAGAUGCCACCAAAAGCAUUCAAGAGAAUGAUGGUAUUGGUUCUAGUGCCAGUUUCUGUCAUAAGGUUCUGGAAAGUUACCAGUGUUUAAAUAAUAAUACUGAAAUCCAAACAAAAUGUUCUGGAUCAGAAACUGAAGCCUGUAAGGUAGAUGGAAACUUGAUAAACUCUCCAGUGCCUGAGGUAGAUGAUAAAGUUUCCCAUCAUAAAGAUAUUGACUUGCAGGACAAGCGUGCUGUUAAGUCAGGUGCGAAAGAAGUUUUGCCAGCCAAAGAAAUAAGAGCUUCUGAUGUAAACGAGGAAGCUGUUCUGUUGCAGGACCAAGAGAGUGGAAAUAAUAUAUAUCACACUAGGGCUCCAAGUUCUUUUGAUUGCCCUCCUUAUGAGUGGCCGGCUGUAGCUUGUGCCUAUUUUCCACCUGUUAACUCACAUCUCCCACCUGCCACCGAUCGAUUGCAUCUGGAUGUUGGUCAUAACUGGCAGAAUCACCGCCAGUCUUUUCUACCCACAAUACAUCAGGUGAGAAACUCGGCAAUUGAAGGUGGGUGUAAUCCAGUUCUGACUCGACCAUUGCCAAUGAGUAUAGAUUGGCCCCCAAUGGUUCGAAGUGCUCGUAGAGUGGCUCCAUACCGGACCUGUAAUUAUGAUUCUGGGUUUGUCUCAAAAAAGCCGUGUACUUAUCCACAGGGUUUUGCACACACUGUCCAAAUAAAUGCAACAACCAUGGAUGAUGAAAGGAAGUAUUCUUGGGAUUGCGCAGACCUACCUGAUCCAACAAAGGCAUAUGAACUAGUGGAUGAAUGUGACAGUCAAUGGAUAUCUGAGGAUGAAGUUGAGGUGCAAGCAUUUUCUGGGGCAGAUUAUAAUCAAUACUUUGGUGGUGGUGUGAUGUACUGGAAUCCUUCUGAUCAUACCGGGACAGUUUUCUCUCGCCCUCCUUCCCUUAGUUCUGAUGAUAGCUCAUGGGCUUGGCGUGAAGCUGACAUAAAUAGAGCUGUUGAUGAUAUGGUUGCAUUUUCUUCUCCGUACAGUACAAAUGGUUUGACUUCACCUACUGCUUCCUUCUGUUCUCCUUUUGAUCCUUUGGGAUCAGGAAACCAGCCUCUUGGAUAUGUUAUGUCAGGAAAUGAAGUACCAGGCAAGGUGCUGCAUCCCUCAUCAACAAUGGGAGACACAGUAGUAGAUGACGAAUCGUCUGGAUCUUUGGCUGACGUAACUGGUGAUAUUGAAGGGAAGACAGGCGAUUCAUUGCCUUACCCCAUGUUGCGGCCAAUCAUCAUAUCAAGAUCAAGAGACUUUAAGCGCAGCCAUGAUCGUAAAAGCCCAUGUGUUCCUCCUACUAUGCGUGAUCGACCUAGGAUAAAGCGGCCACCGUCGCCGGUGGUGCUUUCUGUCCCACGCGCUCCACGACCACCUCCACCAUCUUCUGUGAGUGACUCGAGGAAACACAGGGGAUUUCCAACUGUUCGUUCUGGUAGCUCUAGCCCAAGGCACUGGGGUAUGAGAGGUUGGUUCCAUGAUGGAGCUAACUUGGAGGAAGCUUGUUUACGCAUGGAUGGUGCUGAAGUUGUUUGGCCAUUUAGAAAUAAUAUUUCAGGCCCCCCAUUGAUUCAGCCUCUUCCUGCACCUCUGUUACAGGAUCGACUGAUUGCUAUUUCUCAACUAGCACGUGAUCAGGAACAUCCGGAUGUUGCAUUUCCCCUUCAGCCGCCUGAGUUACAUAACUGUCCAACACGGAAGGCAAAUCUCUCUCUGAUGCACAGCCUUGUGCAUGAUGAGAUUGAAUUUUUUUGCAAGAAGGUUGCUACAGAGAAUAUGUCUCGGAAGCCCUACAUCAAUUGGGCUGUCAAACGAGUUACACGGUCUCUCCAGGUGCUUUGGCCCAGAUCCAGGACAAAUAUAUUUGGUUCAGUUGCAAACGGUUUGUCCCUUCCAACUAGUGAUGUGGACCUUGUGGUUUCUCUACCUCCUGUUAGGAAUUUGGAACCCAUUAAAGAAGCUGGGAUAUUGGAGGGUCGAAAUGGUAUUAAAGAGACAUGCCUUCAGCAUGCUGCCAGGUAUCUCGUCAAUCAGGAUUGGGUUAAAAAUGAUUCUCUUAAGACCGUGGAAAAUACAGCUAUACCAAUUAUAAUGCUUGUGGUGGAAGUUCCCAAUGAUCUAAUUGCCUCGUCUUCGUCUAACGUGCAAUCACCAAAAGAAGAGGCACCACACAGUACUGGUGAACCAGACUGUAAUGUGCACUCCAGUGGGGUUAUUUUAGAAGAAUCUGCUAUGCCUAAGUGCCCCCAGAUAACUUGUGAUGCUACAAAGGAUUCAGUAUCAAUUCGCAUUGACAUCAGUUUCAAAUCUCCAUCUCAUACAGGAUUUCAAACUACACAGCUGGUUAAAGAUUUAACUGAGCAGUUUCCAGCUGCUACACCCCUUGCUUUGGUACUGAAACAGUUCUUGGCGGAUCGUAGUCUGGAUCAGUCUUAUUCUGGUGGCUUGAGUUCCUACUGCUUGGUACUACUAAUUGUGCGUUUUCUCCAGCAUGAGUAUCAUCUUAGCCGACCUAUCAACCAAAACUUUGGAAACCUUCUGAUGAAUUUUCUUUAUUUUUUUGGGAAUGUUUUUGAUCCUCGGCAAAUGCGUAUUUCCGUACAGGGAAGUGGUGUUUAUAUAAAGAGGGAAAGAGGUUGCAGCAUCGACCCCAUACACAUUGAUGAUCCCCUUUAUCCGACUAAUAAUGUCGGACGCAAUUGCUUUCGGAUACAUCAGUGUAUCAAGGCGUUUUCAGAAGCUUAUUCUAUUUUGGAGAAUGAGCUUGCUUCUCUUCCUAAUGAUGAUGAUGCAUCUUCAAGUCCCCCAUAUAGACUGCUUCCUAAAAUUAUCCCGAGUAUUGAUCUAACAUAGGCGUGCUGUUGUAUGGAGGUCAUAUGUGGCAGAAGGUGGGCGGGAAGUUGACAAAAAUUACAGGAUAGCAUCUACUUCUUUCAUCGAGCUGGGGUUACUGUUGGAAAGGGAAAGUGGCAUUAUAGUAGUUGAAAUGGGGAGUUUGCCAGCUGCAGUCUGUGUACAUCUUCGAGUCUGGUUUGACUUGUCAAAUACUGUGCCACCUCCCUUAAUUAGUAGGUGCAACAUCAAUUCUGGGCUUUUAUUCUUGCUACAUUCGAGGACUUAAACUUAAAGACAAGCCAAGUAAACUUGUUUAGAUUUUCCCUGACAUAAAUAAAGUGUUGGGAAAGUGCACUUACUGUUCUCCGGGUUGGACAUCUCCACUAGCAGAGUCAAUUUUUUCAUACACUGGUGAGAUGUAUGUUUCAUUCCUUCGGGUGGAAGAAUGAUCAAUGAAGCAGAAUCAGCUUUCUAACCAUUUAUGGGAGAUUGCUUAUGGACCAGGAGAUUGAGCCAUAAUCAUCAGUUCAUCACUGGGUACAUUGCCUCUCAAAGUCUUGGUACGCUUAUGAACUCUGCUCAUAUGGUUCUGCUACAGGAGUCGGCUGCAGAAAGCAAGGUUAGGUACAGUCGAUGUAUUUAAAAGAUGGACGUCAUUCGUUGUGUGGUAUACUAGAAAGCUCGAAUUUCUGCCAAUUACAUUCCUAGCCGAAUGUGUUGCUCAAAUGAUCUUACAGCGUAGUUUUGUCAGAUUGUUUUGCCAUUCUACAAAAUGGUAGGAUGGUUAUAAUGUUGGCCGCCGCAGAAAACAGGUUCACAUUGCAUCAUGCAGGUCCGACAUCAGAAGUUCAGAACCAGCUCUGGAGGCCACCACACUGAAUACUGUUCAUCUAGGCAGAACAUCAAAAAUAGCUGUUUAACUAUGUCAAAAUCAGACUGAUUGAUCAGCUCAUUAGCAAAUAGGUUCUGUAUACUGAAGUGAAAACUGUAGUUUUAUGUAGAUUUGAUCUGUGGAGGCAGUUGGAUGUCCUUUUAGAUUUUAAUUGAAGCGAGGUCGCAAAUCAAGAGGGGAACGUCAAACCUCCUAGCUCUGAAUCAGAGAAACUUGCUCGCAUAUUCCGGUUGCCUGGAAUAUUGUACUGAAAUACAUAGCAGAACGAUGAAAUCUUACUUGUAAAUAAAAAUAUAUUAGUGUUCAUAACAUACAAGUGCACUUUGAAUAUAUGGUGAUGAUUAAUUUUUUU